AUUUCGGUUGCAUAUAAUCGAGUAUCAAUUAAUUAUUAAACCAAAAGUCGUCCUAAAUAUACGAUGACUUGUGCAUAUAUUUCGUUGCAUAACUUCUGAUUCUUUUUUUUAAUUAUCGUCCGUCUAUAUUAUACAGAAAAAAUAUGGAUACCGAAGUUAAUCUUGAUGUGAUUAAAGAUUACAUGUCGAAAUUUGGGUCUGGAGAAAUUUUCAUUGGAAAGGAAUAUUGGGACGAAGGAAUAGCAAUAAUUUACAUUAAUAAUCCUAAAAUAGUAAAUGGCAUAAGUGGACACAUGAUAGUCCAGUUUAGCAACGUAAUAACUGAAUUGGAGAGUUGGAAAGAUGGUAAGGGGGUGAUAAUAAAAGGAAAAGGUUUGAACUUCAGUUCAGGUGGCGAUUUAGAAUUCGCCAGAAAUUGCCAAACACCCAAAGACGCUUUUUAUUUUAGCACACUUAUGCAGGACACACUGAAACGUUUCAGACAUCUUCCGUUUUUUACAAUAUCUCUCCUUCAUGGACUAGUUUUGGGAGGAGGCGCAGAAAUUGCCGUUUUUGCUGACGAAAUUGUUGCCGCUGACGAUGUGAAAUUGGGGUUUGUUCAUGGAAAUAUGGGCAUUAUAACUGCUUGGGGAGGCACUACAAGACUUGUACAGAUACUUGGAGAAAAGAGAGCAUUAGACGUGUUACUUAGAGCGAGGAUAAUGAAUGCUGAAGAAUGUUUACGUAUCGGUUUAACUUGUAAAAUUAUUUCAAGUGAGGAACACAAUAUGUUGGAUGAAUGUUUGGUUUACAUGAGGGAAAAAACGAAACAUUCUCCAUCUAUCAUACGGUCAUUUAAAAAGGCUGCGGCAUUUGCAACUGAUGUCUUGUUGUCGUCGUCUAUGUCUUCGUUUGAGUCAUCACUGGAAAUGGAAAAAGAAUUGUUUUGUAAAACAUGGGGCGCUGAACCUCAUCUUAAUGCAUUAAGUAGACACAUAAAACAUGUUAAGAAAAACUGUUAACAAUUAAUAAAAAAUUAUUUAUGUGA